CCGGCAAAUAGUAUGGAGAGUUUUUCAAAUAGGUUUGAUCCUAGCUCACUUCCUGAUCAAAAACCUAUUAGCAGUACUGGAAAAAGGAAAAGAGAUGUGGGAAAAACAUUUUUUGAGAACUCUGGCGAGAUUAGCAGUGAUCAUCUGAAGGAAAAUGGUGAUCCAGUACAAGGAAAGCAUAAAGCAGUUUUGCAAAGAUUUAAACAUGCAAAAUUUUUUCUGUCUUCUUCUAAACAAGAAAAGGAAAUUGUUCCAUUGAAUGUCAAUUCUUUGGAACCUUUACCUCAGCCACUACCUAGAGCAAGUCAACAGCUAUUACAAAUAAAAUCUAAUCAAAACACAUUAGAUUGGCUACCAAAACAAAUUAAUUACAAUAAAAAUAAAAUAAAAAAUUUUAAGGAAUAUACAGAUGACAAUUUACUAGAUCCUCGAAUUUUGAACAAUUUAGUUGAAAAUAAUUUUGAAAAAGCAUUUUCUGUUCAAACUGCCGUACUAGAUACUUUGUUGCUUGAUAUAAAAAAAAAAAAAUUGUUGCCAGACUCUGGAAAUGAUCUUCUUAUCAAUUCACCCACAGGCUCUGGAAAAACAAUCUCCUAUCUAAUCCCAAUUAUCCAGUAUUUAUCAACUAGGAUAAUUCCAAAGCUUUCUUGUAUAAUUCUCGUCCCUACAAAACCAUUGAUUACCCAAGUGUUUGAUACUUUGAUAAAAGUAUCACAAGGUAUAAACUUGACAAUUACUCCUCUUAAUAAAAACAGCCUUUUUGCUGAUGAAGCUGUCAAAUUACGGAAAAACGUUUCAGACAUUAUUGUUUCAACUCCAGGUAGAUUGGUAGACCAUUUACAGUUGAAAAAUAUAUCUUUGAAAAACUUAAAGUAUCUUAUUAUUGACGAAGCUGAUAGGCUAUUUAACCAAUCUUUUCAAAAUUGGGUAACCGUUUUAUUCAAUGAAAUUGAACAAACUAAUAUGAAAAUCAAUUUGAAAACGAAAAUACAAUUUCGAGUUGACAAAAUAAUAUGCAGUUCAACUCUCUUUGGAUCCCUUCCCUCAUUAACAUCAAUUCCAUUGUUCAAACCAAAGAUAAUAGUAAUUGAUAAUGAAUUUGAUACUUCUUCUAAUCAUGAAUCGACAUUAACUACUGCCGGAAACUUUAGCAAAGCAGUAUUUUCUUUGCCCUCAAAUUUAAAAGAAUUUCAAUUUUUUCAAAAUUCUUCGAAUUCACUGUUCAAGCCCCUAAUUCUACUCAAGUUUUUAAUCAUUAAUAAUUUCAAAUCACACACAUUGAUUUUUACUAAAUCUAAUGACUCGUCUUCCAGACUUGCAAGAUUGUUGCAACUACUAGCCGUCAACUAUUCUUUUGAUUUAAACAUACAAUGCAUUAAUUCAACUCUUUCUCAAUUUAAAAAGCAAAAGAUUUUAGAUAGGUUUUCUGCUGGCGAAAUAAAUAUUUUGGUUUCCACCGAUUUAAUGGCAAGAGGUAUAGAUAUUCUAACAAUUAAAAGGGUUAUCAACUAUGACUUACCAAUGAGUUCAAGGGAGUAUGUCCACAGGGUAGGAAGAACUUCGAGAGCUGGAAACACUGGAGAGGCAAUAACUUUCAUUUUUGGAAACGGUGAAAGAAAGUGGUUUAAUAGAAUGAUGAAAGACAUAAUUCGAAAACCCACUAGUAAAAUUGAGAUAAUAACAAUGGAUCAAAAUACAAGCACUUUGGUGGAAGCAGAUCAAUCAACCCCGUAUGAUUCUAUCGUUGAUUCCAAUGACCGCCAAUUAUAUAAAAGUGCCUUGGAACAUUUGCAAAGAGAAGUAGCUGGGAAAUAACCCCACCAAAUUGACGCUACAAAAUUUACUCAAGGUAAAAAUAAUUAUUAAUAAAAGAAAGUUUCUUUAAAGCAUUUGUAUUUGCCAAAUUUAGUUUCUUGUAGUAUAUAAUAAAAACUAUUAAAAUAUUGAUUUGAAAUCGCAGAAAAUGUUGCAGGAUACGAAAAAUAAAAAUAAAAAUAAAAAUAUCAAUUUACUGUUGUGACAGUUAAUUUCCUUAAUAUGUUGAGCCCUCGGAAGGUUGACUCAAUCUUUUAUUCGAAGACGAGCCCAUUUCUCUUCUUAAUUCUAACAAAAGCAU